GCGAGCGCGCAGAGAGCGCGCAGACGCUCGGCUGGCGCUCCGCGCCCGCCGCUUCCAGGAGGCCCUGAGGUCACACCACGGCAGCUGCCCACCAGCCAUGGGCCGCCAGGAUUACGUGGUCUGCAAGAGCUGCGGGGAGUGGUGGUGGACCUCUCGCCUGGAAGGGCUCCAGUUCCGCUGCGCCACAUGCAAGUCGGCGCUGCCGCGGCCCAAAGGUCCCAAGAAGCCACAGGAGACGGCAGAGAGGGCCGGCGGGGCGGAGCGCCGAGAGGCCGCAGCUGGAGGGCGCAGAGCAGCAGGCAGCAGCAGCAGCAGCAGCAAAGGACACGGCACGAGCCAGGGACCAGAGCAGCUGGCGAAAGCGCUGUCGCUCAUCACGACCACCCUCUCCAGCAUGCAGUUGAAGGGCGGUGAGCAGAUCACUCAGCAGCUGAAGGGAGCCGCGACAGCCCUGCAGGCCGCCAAGCCAGUGGAGCAGCCAAAGCCGAGGGCGGUGCGCAUGGCGGCAGCGGCGAGAGCACUGCAGCAGGCGCAGCAGCAGUACCAGGACGCCUUCGCUGCGAAGCAGAAGGCCGAGGAGGCGGCCCAGCGGGCGCGCGAGGCCCUGGAGGAGCGCGCGGCGGCGGUCUUGCAGGCAGAGGCAGCAUGCGAGGCCAUCCAUCUGGAGGGCAAGCAGGGCCAGAAGGCGGGUAUCCUGGAGCAGCUGGUCACGGGCAACAUCGACCAGCUGGCAGAGGGCCAGCUGGCGGAGGACAUCGGCAAGGAGUUCGAUCUCGGCGAAGACGAUCUGGACGAAGAAGGACUCCGACAGGUGGAGGAGGCUAAGAGGCAAGUGAUCAAACAGAUGCAGGACAACGCUCGUCAGUUCCAAGGGCACCUGCGCGACCACAUCGCGAAGGCGAAGGCGGCGGCGCUGGAGCAGCGGCGCACCAUCGCACAGGAGGCCAAGAAGAGGAAGCUGACGGCAGUAGGAGCGGAGACCCAAGGCGGCGCAGCAGCAGCCCCCGCCGCAGCGGCGGCCGCAGCGGGCAGCGCAGGCACCGCAGGAGUGGCGGCGCCACGCCCCGCUGAGCAGGCCCCCGCUCAGGACGAGGCGGCCGCCUACCUCGAGCGCAAGCGCGCGGAGGAGCGCACGCUGUUCUGCGCCAACACCAGCACAUGGGGGCCCACAGCCAGGCUGUGGCUGAUGCGACAGGGCAUCGAGGGGAGAGGCUAUGACAUGAUAGCGCUACAGGAGACGCAUGUACCACAUGCGCAGCUAGACGACGUGGAGAAUGACCUUGUGAAGAUGGGUUACAAGGCCACAUUCACGGCGGCAAGAGACAGUUCACGCUCGGCGGCUGGCACACAAGGAGGCACAGCGGUGAUCUCCAAGGGCCAUCUCCGAGUCACCAGCUUCAGACACCUGGCCCAGGCUCGACAGGUCUCGAAUGCCACAGCGGACAUUCGACGAGACGUUGGCCGAGAACGUGGCUGGGAUAUGUGUGACUGGACACCCACUCAGUGGCAUCUGAAGGGCUCCACUCUCACGGUUGUCAGCUUUUAUUUGGAUUGCAACAGAUCACUGGCCGAGGGCAUCAACAGCCGCAAGCUCACCGCGCUCGGGGCGUUCCUCCGAACCAUUCAGGGAGCGUGGAUUGUGUGCGGCGACUUCAACUCCGACCCCUCGACCUUUUGGAACACGGGGUGGCCAGAGGUGAUGGGCGCGGCCGCAGUCCUCUCGCUCCCAGAGGACCAGCACACCUGCUUCCUCGCGGGACAGGAGCCGUCGCACAUCGACUUCGCGCUGGUCAACGAGGCGGGCAGCAGGCUAGUCUCAGGCGUCGAGGGAGUCUACGACGUCCCGUGGAAGCCGCACAUUGGCCUGAAGUUCACCAUUCGGGGACAAGGGGUCCCCACGCAGUGCAGGACGCUAGGCCUACCCUUGGCCUUUGCGCACCCGCCGAGGCGAGGCAAGGGCCCCAGUCCCACCAGCAAGAGGUGGGAGGCGCUCACACCCGUCGCGGGCUGGACUCACUACCCGUGCGCUGACGACACCGAGCAGCACGGACACCGGAUGGACCAAGAGGAGAUCGACGUCUUCGCCGAGCUUGAGUGCAUGGAGGAUGACGGCGUUGGCUCGCCAUGGUCGCAGCCACCAGACGAGACCUACGCGGACGGCGAGGACGCCGACCAGCCCAGGGCGCAGGACACGACGGAGAUGGGCGACCUCUGGACCAUGGCGGAGAUGGCGGCAGAGCCGAAGGCCCAGCAGCAGAUCCCCACCUACAUCUCACAGAGCGCAGCCUUCGAGGCGACUGAGGAGGAGGCCACAGCGCUGGGCAAGAGUUACUCGGCGGUCAUGGACACACUGGAGCAGUUCUACUGCAUGGCGUACCGCAUCGCGCCGCAGGACCGUGCCAAGUUUUGCGGGCGAGGUGACCCCAGGCAGUUUGUCGUAUGCAAGGGCAAGGAGAGGCACGAGAGGAGAACGAGAUAUGCAAACCACACAGCGGACUGGUGGAGCAGGGCGGAGAGCACGCUCUCGCUCCUCGCCAGGCUCCGCAAGAGGAACAAGGCGCAGGCGCAGCAGCAGCAUUUGGCAGCGGCUGGCAGGCACCUCGCCUACGACGGCAUGCCGCAGACCAGCGCGUCCGCGUCAGAGACGGCCAAGCUGCACCGCAAGCUGUGGCACACGAGGCUGAUGGACCUGAACCAGGUCAACACCGAGGUGAUCGAGGGCAUGGCAGCACAGGCAGAGGAGGAGAAGAGAUACGCGAUCAAGAGGGACAUGAGGGAGAACUCCAGGGCGUUCGGGCUGUGGCUGGCCUCAGCGGAGAAGAGUGUUGGCACGCUCCACCGCAUCACCAAGCCGCCGCCCAGGAGGGAGGAGGAGCUGAUCACCGACGGCGGCGUCACGGACUGCCCGACCGCCAUCGUGGACGAGAAGGCUCGGGAAUUCCAAAGGAUCUGGAGAUGCACGAGGCUGCCGCACGAGCAGCACGCGUCCAUCCUGCAGACCCUCAGGAGCUCCGCACGAGGCACCGACGAGAGCGUGUGGACCCUUGAG